AUGGGCAGCCUCCAAGAGGAUGGGAGGGCAGAUGAGUCCAAUGAAGAAGAGGAGGAGAAAGAGGACAAGGCGGAGGCCAGCCAGGCAACCGUGCCUGCCAGCGAGGACCUGUUUCUCCCCGCCCCCCAGGAUGUCUCCCAGGCUUCGGAUGAACCUAAGAAUGGCACUUCAGUGUUAACAUACAACUGCAAAAGCUGGCGAUCCACUAAAAUGUUAGAUAGAAAACUGGAUACCUUUGAAAAGAGGAAAGAUUCUGGGCACUGGUUGGAAAGAUUUCACUUUACAGGUCUGAAAAGUAAUCAACCUGCAGCUCGUUUCCACCAGAAUCAGAAUGAAAUGUCUCUUAACGUGGAUGCUGAAGCUGACUUCUGUUUGGAAGAAAGUAGAUUCAAACAGUAUUGUGCAGAGUUCAUUAAACAUUCACAGCAAAUAGGAGAUGAUUGGGAAUGGAAACAUAUAAAGAACUUUCCUGAUGGUUAUAUGAGUAAAACGCAGAUCCAAAUGAAAAAUGGAACUAUCCCAUCAGUUUUCAAGGACAGCACUAAGGAAAGUGAUGACCAAACAUUGACACAUGUUGAGGAAGCCCUGGAUGAUUCUCAAGUAGCUGGAGUCUCUGCAACAUCAGAAGUGAUUCGCUAUGAGUAUCAUGUCUUGUAUUCUAGUAGCUACCAAGUACCUGUGCUUUAUUUUAGGGCAUGCUUUUUAGAUGGAAGACCUUUAACUCUGAACGAAAUUUGGGAAGGUGUUCAUGAAUGCUACCAGGCUCGUCUACUGGAGGGGCCUUGGGACACCAUUACACAACAGGAGCACCCAUUACUUGGUCAACCAUUCUUUGUCCUUCAUCCCUGCCGAACUAAUGAAUUCAUGGCUCCUGUAUUGGAUAAUUCACUAAGAGAAAACAGGAAUAUAAACUACAUUACAUCAUGGCUGAGUAUUGUAGGCCCAGUUGUGGGAUUAAAUCUACCUCUGAGUUAUGCAAAACUAGUGUCUGAACAGAAUACAGAAGCAGAUUAAAUCAAAAGGGCCCACAAGUUGAAGCACGGGCAUGAGUGAAUUGUAAAUCAGUUGCAACCUGGUCUGCAACUGAGCUCAGACACAAACCACCCAGUUCCCUCAUGGUCGGCACAGCUCAGUAAGGCUUGCCAUUCAGGUCUCUUUCCCCUAACAGCAACAUGCCUGAUGACAACUGAACACCAAAGAGCUGGCUGCAUUAGUGAUGCCUCACGUUCCACAUGGACACAAGCUACAUUCUAUGUGAUAACGCUGAUUCAGUAGGGUCCUUUUUUCCCUGGAUUUGGUCUUUACUGAGAUGAUAUCAGAACACCUAAUAAAAGGCCAAGCUUCCUGACAUGGGAUUGAAAGAAUGGCUUUGACUCUACUGAAAGGUAUCGGACUGUGUAUCUAGAGAAGUAUGCUAUCAGUCUGCAGAUGUUCACAGUUAAAUUAUAUAUGUGCACCUUGGUGUGGUUAUUCCAUGUUAGGGUUAGUAUGUAACCUGGAAAGAAUAGGUACACUUAAUUGCCAGAAUUCUAAUGAUCCCUCAGGGGGGAGAAUGUUUUGUAUAUGUAUUGAUUCAUUGAACAAAUGGAUCAGAAUUGUAGAUGAAUAGUACUAAUACACUGUAUUGGCUAAAGUAUACAAUUCUAGAAUUCAGGGUGUCUCAGUACAAUCAUGUGAGCAUGUCCCUUACAACUUCUUCACUAUGUCUAAAGGGUUUUCUCUCCUAGGGAAGGUACUGUGGUAAAUUAGCAUUUCUUUUAGAGCUUGUAAGUAUUCAUGAGUAAAUGCCUGAUUCUGCAGUCCUUACUCAAGCUAAACUCCCACUGGUAUCAUGAAGUUUUGAAUGAGUAGAGACCAUCCCCAAGAUCUGCGAAAAACAAGCUAGAAAUAACUUCAGUAUGACAGUUGAUUUUGAUUCCCUCUGAAUCACAUUUUGUUCUCUGUUCUGCAUUUAUUUUGUACAAUGCUCAGUAGAUAAGAAUUACAGAUUUUGCUUUCAGUGGUUUAAUGAAGACAACAUCUACAUGGGAAGUCAAAUAUUAUAAUAUGUUGCAAAUAUAAAAUUUGAGGGAUUUAAAAAUCUGUACUCAGAAGUUUUAUCUUCAUGUUUUUAACUUAGGCUAUGUCUACACUGCAGAGCUAUUUUGGGAUACCUCUGGUUUCCCGAAAUAGCUAUUCUGCAUCUUAAGAGAAAGCCCAUUACAG